CCGACUCAGCGAUCGUUCUUCAUUCAUUCCACCUUAGCAAAUGGAUCCCGGGCCUGUGGAGUCAGCGCCAGCGACGAGUCAGUCAACACGCAUAACGCAGGCUACCGCAAUGGCACCAACCGCCAGCUCGUCAGCGUCUUCUCCUAAAUCUCAACCAACCCAGCCAACCAAAGAGCAAUUACUGGAAGAGCUCGAAAGCCUCCUUGUACAGCUGGAGCGUGAAACGAAAAUGAAACUUGGUGUGGAAAAUAUGAUGGAAGUGUACAUUAAAGACAAAAAGCGAACCAAGGAUCUCGAAGCUCAGCUUGACAAAUACAACAAGCGAAUAGAGUCUCUUACAAAAGAAAUAGAACAGCUGCGAAAGUCUGCAGGCUCAGCUAUGCCAGAGGUUACCAACAAACUCAAGGAGCAUCGCUUUGUAGCAUCGACUGCUUUUCAGGCUUCUAUUGCAGCCUCCAAUUCCUCAAGCACUCGACCAAAUGUUAGACCGAAACCUACACCUAUUUCUUCCAAAAGUAGGCAAAAGUCAUACCAAGAUAGUAUUGCUUUCGCCGAUGACGACAAUCGAUCCACUUCUGUUCGUCUUAAUGAGAUCAUGCAAGUUAUAAGCAGGAAAGAUGUGGAUUCCAAUGUCAUUUUGGAGCAAUUGGAUACACUGGUUCGAAUAUUACGAAAUACCGGAGACGUGGCAGGCCAUGUUUCAAAAGAUGUAAUCAUCAAUUCUUUGCGCCUAUGCGUGGCAGACCAAAGAGCACCUGUACGAGUAGCAGGGUUUCGAGCACUACGACACGCUAUUUCGUCUGCGGACGAUGUACGCCGAAUGAUGAAUAUGCAGUUGGACAUCUUCAUUGCUAUGUCACUUGCAAAAGAGUCCAGCCAAGAUCAUGAAAGAGAGCAAGCUUUGAAGCUUGUGAGAGCUUUUAUUGAGAACGACGCAUUACCUGAUGUUCCUCAAUCGGUCGUCAGAGCCCUAGUUGCGAUAGCAGAGCAACCUAAUGACAAGUUUCGAAAUAUAUGUCUUGAGACCCUUGCGGAAAUCGCUAUUUUUCAUAUUCCCUUAGUAAUGGAGACUGGGGGCCUUAGAAUAAUGACGCAAGCACUGCUGGAUGGUCAACGCAGCCUAGUGGAUGUACUCGUCCAUGCCUUCACAUAUAUACUGGAUUCUCCAAGCACCCGAUGUCUCCUUCGACCUGGUGUCGAGUUAGAGAUGAUCAUAUCUCCAUUUUUAGACACAAACCGUGGACCCAAUUAUGAAGAGAGACUUCAGAAUUCUUGCAAGGUCAUUACACUGUUGAUGAAGAGCUGGAGCGGUGUAUUCUACAUGUGUGCAAACGACCUGAGGGCAGCUCGUAGUGUAGUACAAGCACUUCGACUCCCUUCUGAAGACUCAAAGAAAGUACUGCUGGACAUGUUUUUCGACAUCUUCUAUCUACGGUUACCAAAGGAUUAUAGCAGUUUCUUAAGCGGGAGACAGCAUGUUGCACAUAUUGCUGCCUCUUCUGCGCAAGUGGAUGAUGGGGUUGAGGGACUAAACACCACCUCUGCGUCCAAUGCAUACAGCCGAACAUCAGGAAGUGGACCAGCCAUUUUGAAUGGCGGGUUUCUUGCAAAUGCCAUUUCAGGCGAUUUAGCGAACGUUCGAGCCGACAAUACGCACAAGAAUGAGCGACUCAACAUGAUGGAUCAUCAUUUGACCAUGAUACUAAUCAUCUUUGUCGAUGCUGGCAUCCUGAUGGCGUUGGUGGAUAUGGUCAAGUCUGAUGACAUAUAUAUCUCACGCAAAGCGACCUUACUCAUUGGAGAAAUCCUUCAGCUGUCCACCAAAUUGCUACCCAUCUCCAUGGCUACGCAAGUUCAAUCUCUACCUAAGUUAUUUGCGCUUGCCUCUUCGUUCGAUGAUGAACAAGUCCGCCAUAAUGCCACCACUGCUUUAGCGCACAUCGAUAGACUCAGUCGCAUACGCACACGGUACCUUUCUCAAGCGUCAGUGGACAACAAACAAGAACGAGAGGCUACUGCAAAGAGGAAUCAAGAAAAGGUUCAUGAAGUCAAAAAACGAAUGGGUAUCAAUAUUGACGAUAUUCAUUUUCGACAGCUGAUUAUGGAUACGCAGAUCCUCAAUACGAAAGAUUAUACCAAAUGGAAUUGGGAGAAUAUUUUAGAGCUAUUACAGGGCCCAUUGUUGCAUCCAAAACGACUUGACGAAGCUAUGCGUGGUAGCAAAUUUAUAAAACGAUUACUAGCUUUCUACCGACCAUUCUCUCACCGAUUUUCCGAUAUCAAUGCAAGCAAAGCCAACUUUACGCGAUACGUCAAUACCGGUUGCGUCCUUUUUUCAACCUUGUUGAGCAAUCCAGAUGGCAUUCGCUAUCUAGGUGAAAACAAAGUACUCAUCCAAUUGUCUGAGGCCCUGAGAGAGCUGGAUCCCUUGAACCAUGACCCAGAAACCGAACCUAUCUUUUCCAGCGAGCGAAUGGAAAGCACCCUCAGCUGCGGCUACUUCACUUUGUUGGGAACUCUCAGUAAAUACAAAGAGGGCUUUCGAAUUAUGGAAAAGUUUAAGAUCUUCAACCUGUUUUAUCAGAUCAGUGAACUGAAAGCAAGAGACGACCUGAAGAUCGCCAUCAUCACCAAUAUGGAUUACUCUCUGGAUGGGCAUCCUAGAGUUCUUUUGUCCAAGAUCAUGACUUCAGGGUAUAACCCAAUCCGGCUGUUCAGUACGAAACAACUUGGAGCUGUAUUGCACAGUUCAGAACGUGAAUACAACGGAUGGAUCAUUCGAUUGCUAGUCACUCAACUCUAUGACCCUAACCUGGAAGUUUGCCAAAUGGCAGUUUCUCUUCUGGACGAGGCUUGCGAGAUACCUGCUAAUCUAGAGUUUUUGGUGAAAUGUCGACCGAGCUUGGACCAUUUGGGCGAACUAGGCAAUCCAUUAUUACUCAGAUUCCUAUCUAGCUCAACCGGGUUUGCCUAUUUGAACGAGUUAGGCUAUGUGCAAAAGGAAAUGGAUGACUGGUUUGAGAACCGGAAUCAACAUUAUGUUACUCAGCUCGAGAUAUCGCUACAUAGAGCUUUAAUCAAUACUCCAAAUAAGGGCACGGCCAAUCCGUUUGAAGAGCGUAUUCACAGUGAACAUAAUCAUGAAGCAAUGCAACCAGGAGAUGGAUGGACUCCCCCACACUUUUAUGGCGAAUUGACAAGGACGGAAGAAGGAUGCAUGCUUUUGAAAGAAAAAGGCCACUUCCAGCUAUUUGCAAGCUUCAUCCGGAAUUAUUCGCUCGAUGAUCGGGAUUUCGAGACCAUUCUUCGGCUAAAAGCCACUUUAUGGGCUGUUGGCAACAUUGGCUCUACUCGUAAUGGCCUACCUUUCCUCGAAGAAGAAGAUAUCAUUAAGGAUGUGAUUAAUAUGGCUGAGGGAAGCGAUAUUCUGUCUUUGAAAGGAACUUGCUAUUAUGUGUUAGGAUUAAUUGCGAAAACAGACCAAGGCGUUGAGAUCCUUGGCGAAUUAGGCUGGGAAGGUGUCGUGUCACCUAACGGAGUCGUGGAAGGGCUAUGUGUUCCUGUCAAUCUUCGAGAGUUUCUUUCGAUCAAGCGAUGGGAAUAUCAAGGUGCAUUACCACCACCACCAAAAUUAGCAGCAACACUCAAAAACGAUGAAACGGCCAGAGUCAUCCUUAAGAAUGUUGGAGAUAUGAGCAAUCACAUCAUUGCAAACGAGGCAUCCAAAAAUUUGGCAAGACUACGGAUGCGAUACCCAGAAUACUUUAGUCGUGCCGAUAUAUUUUAUUCUGUCAUGCAAAUGUUAGGAUGCUAUCAUUUCCGAUUUGCAGUCAGAAGCUAUAUAUUGGAUGCUUUCGACCUCAGGUUCACUACUGAUAACAUUAAGGACUUGGAUGACGUUCAAGCUAGCAGCAGUGUUGUGGCACCAGACGAAGAGAUUGAUACUAGCGCAGCGGAAACCGAUGAAGCUGAACAAGGCAAGAACGAAGAAGACGGCGAGCCUGAUAUACCCACACCGAAGCUUCAUCCCAGCGUCAUUAUCGUUGGAGGUUUUCAGGACAACUAAAGCCAAAAUAUUAUAUAGAGAGGGCAAAUAAAACUUUCCACUCAUUGUAACAUAACUAGGUUUACAUAAAGGCAAU